AAACCAUUUUUUAUUUACCAAAACACUUUUUUUUUCUCUCUCCUUUAAUCUCCACUAACACUAAAAUCACUCCCCUUCUGUCUCUCCUUCUCAGCAAAAAUGCAGGAAACUACUUUCCUCCCGGAUCAUCAACAUUUUUCAUCAUCAUCUUCUAUAAAUUAGAGUGUCUAUCAAGACCAAAACAAAAGACAAAGGAAAAACAAUGGCAGCAAUGUUUCAGACCUGGUUUCUUUUCAUACUAUUCACCUUUUCUUUUAGUAACUUAUUAGGUUUUCCAACUACACUAACACUUGAGAGAGCUUUUCCAUUAAACAAAAGAGUUGAAUUGAAUGAGCUUAGAGUUAGAGAUAAAGCAAGACACGGGCGUAUCUUACAACAACAAGAAGAAAGCAUUAACAGUGUCAUUAAUUUUAAUGUUUAUGGUUCAUCUGAUCCUGAAUUAUUUGGGCUUUACUUUACAAGAGUGAAAAUAGGGUCUCCUCCAAGAGAAUUUCAUGUGCAGAUUGAUACUGGAAGUGAUGUUUUAUGGGUUGCUUGUGAUUCCUGUGACAAUUGCCCUAAAUCCACUGGACUAGAUAUUCAGCUAGGAUUUUUUGACCCAUAUAGUUCGUCAUCAGCUGCGGUGAUUCCUUGUUCAAGUGAUACAUGUUCUUUUGCUAUUCGAACUGCUGUUUCUGGGUGUCCCACUCCGAGUUCUCCAUGUAGGUACUCUUUUCUGUAUGGAGAUAAUAGUGGCACAUCCGGGUAUUAUGUGUCAGAUAUUUUGUACUUAGAUACGGUGGUUGGGGAUUCCAUGGCAAACACCUCUGCGUCUCGUGUGGUUUUCGGGUGUAGCAACUACCAGUCUGGGGGUUUAACCAGGUCGAAUAGAGCAAUUGAUGGGAUUAUUGGGUUUGGCCAACACUAUUUUUCUGUCAUCUCUCAACUAUCAUCGGGAGGAACAGUGCCGAAAAUGUUCUCACAUUGCUUGAAUGGAAAGGAUUAUGGUGGAGGUGUAUUGGUUCUUGGUGAGAUUCUGGCACCGGGUAUCAUUUAUAGCCCACUUGUUCAAUCACAGCGGCAUUAUAACUUGAAUUUGCUUAGCGUUGCAGUCAGUGAUCAAAUUGUACCCAUAAAUCCUGCUGUGUUCGCUGCAUCCAGCAGUGGAUUACGAGGAACUAUAGUUGAUUCUGGAACAACAUUAGUGUACCUCGCAGAAGAAGCUUAUGAUCCCUUUGUGAAUUCGGUGGCAAAUGCUGUUUCACUAUUCACACAUCCUAUACCUUCUGACGACACCGUGUGUUUUCCCAUCUCCAGCAGUGUCGAUGAGAUAUUUCCUCCAGUUACUUUAUUCUUCGAGGGUGACGCGCCCAUGAUUUUGAAACCUAGGGACUACCUUGUACAAAGGCAUUAUACCGAUGGUGGUGCUGAAUGGUGCCUUGGCUUUCAGAAAGGUCAAGGGUUAACUAUUUUAGGAGACCUUGUUUUGAAGGAUAAGAUCAUUAUUUACGAUCUUGCACGUCAACGCCUAGGAUGGGUUAACUAUGAUUGCUCAUCACCUGUGAAUGUUUCAUCGACUACGAGUAAGGAUUCCGUCACAGGAGAACGACGUGUAAGCAAUUCGCCUAGAACUUCACUUUUCAAACAUACCACACCCAUCACUUUGUACAUUAUCUUAUUUACCACCUGGUUUCUGCUUUUAGGUCCACAACAUUGAAAUCCCCUUCUUUUCCUUUCUCCUUUUUCUACCUUCCAUAUCCAUGUAUAAUCUUUUCUACUAUCCUUUUUCCUGUUCUGAAUGUAAACUCGAAGGAGUUUCUGGAACGAAAAACGUUGAGGACAACUGUCACUAGGACCCUUUUUUCCAUUUUCAUUUGUAAUGCACAUUCAGAGACAGUAAUAAAUUUGUACAGUAUAUAUUAUGAGGUUGGCUUGGUAGUAAUGCUUUAAUGUAGUUGUGUUGGUUAAGU